AGUAAGAGUACCAGCAUUUCCGUGGAAGAGCUCCCUUGCAAGAUUCUUAAUAAAUUGCUACCCCUAACUAUGUAUAAGAAAAGGUUUCCCAAUCUUCGACGGAUGUAGAGUCCAACGUGAUAGAUGCGGAUCCAAAGACAAAGAUAAAACUGCUAGCAAGCUUCAGUUUCCAGUUACAGGAAACGUUACAAGUACAACAGACCACGCGUUGUGUAUUCUUAAAGGUUGCCUUAAAUGAACCGAUACUGAAAUUCGCUAAAGUGCUUCGAUGCUGAUGACCAAUAUGUCGUAAUGGACGGUGCUGGAACAAACGCACACAUUCUUGCGCAAGCGCAUUCGUGCGUCAGUAUGCGACGGAGGUACCAUCUCAGGUAUGUAGCCAAUUUUUGGCUUUUAGUUGCCUCGUUGCCAACUGAUGCCAUGCUGCGACGCAAAAAAAGCAGAUCCACAGGAGCUCAGGAAGGCACGGCGGAAAGAGCGCCGUCAAACCCGACAACUGAAACAAAAGCGAGGAGACAUCCGGAAGUGUUGGAGAGGUCGUUAUUGCGAAAAGACUUGCUCGGGCGCAGCACCGCCGGAAAGCCAAAAGGGGUGGCAGCGAAGUCCCGUCCGCUUGGUCGCGCCCUGUUGGAAAGAAGGAAAGAAACGUGUCUCCCGACGAUGAGCGAUGUGGCGGUGGCCGCACAAGCAAACGUCGCUAAAGCGGCGGUUCCGGCCAUCCGGCGCGACGAGCAAGGUGCUCAGGAAUACGUUGACGCCAAAGUGAAUGAAUGGGCCGCGCGGCAAAAGAUUGAAGAAGAGCGCAGCAAGUAUGCGUCAUCAAUGCCAGUCCCGCCACCUCCGGUCGCUAGUGACGACUACACCAAUGCGCCAAACCCAGCCGACUGCACGCGGAUCGCGCCCGAUGGUAAUCCGACAGCGGAAGAACUCGAAAAAAACCCGAAUCGCUUCAACAUUAUCUUGGUACCAUUCGGGUGGCCCGCCUCAGAAGACGAGAAGAAUUUAUCGGCUGGCCACGAAGCCUCCUCUUCGAAAACGAUCAACCUCAAUGCACCGAAGAGAAUGGACGUGAGGACGGCCCGACAAAAUGCAGGUUUGAUUGCGGGAGUGAAGGACAUGAUACAGCGCGACAAGAGCCUUAAUCCGAUCGAUAAGUGGAAGAAGGACUGGGCGGAGCGGAACGGGGGCGGGAACAACAAGAUGCUUCAGGUUGAGGCCGAAGAACUACCACCGGCUUUGCGCCGCAAAAGGAAGGGGGCAAAUAAAACUAAUAACGAGAAGUACGAGGAGGGUGAGAGGAAACUACUACUGCGUGGCGCACGUAGGAAUAGAAAUAGGAUUAGGAAGGAUUUGGUUGUGGAAUUGGAGAACUCGUCCUUCGCAGAUGUAGCAGACGAGGAUGUUCUUGGCGGGGCAGAUGAAACUCAAAAUGGCCUGGAUCUCCUUCGUGAAGGCAAAGGGGCCCAACAAGGAGUGCUUGAUCAUCCUUCAGAAGUACCCCUGCUUGUUGCGGACAACGAAACAAAUAGCACACGCUCUCCGGUGGACAACGAAACAAGUAGAACGCGCUCUGCGGACAACGAAACGAACAGCAGGCGCUCUGGUGCGGACAACGAAACAAACACCACGGGCUGGCCGUUCAUACCUGGAAUGGAGGAGGGCGAGUCACCCGAGGGACCAAUGGGUUUCCCUGGUGGUGUUCCUUGGCCAGAAGCGGUACUCAAUGGUGGAUCGGACGAGACCGGCGGCGAUCAUGACGACGCCGGCGGUGACGAGGAGCUUGAGGGCCCAUCGACGGAGUGGUGGGCGGAGGGCGUGGACGGGACAAAGGAGUGGAUAAAACACACGGAAGCAACGGUGGAGAGUAUGGUGAAAUUGUUUGCGCCGUUUUCCACCGUCGUCAACCCGUACUUCAACGUAUGGCGUGUGAAUCACUGGCCUCGCUUUUCCCAAUACGAAGACGUCAGGAACGCCGACUGCUAUCACAGAGACAUCGUACCGGACCAAGCGCGAGCCGGCGACGAGUGGUUUGCUAUUCAUUGCACCGAUUGGGCGGCACUGACGAAACAUGCCUACGAGCUGUGCCGGGGGGAUUUGGACACGAUGAAGCACAUGACCAUCACAAUGCAAGUCUACAUGAGCGCCGACGAUGACGCUGCUUUACGAGGGCAGCAAUGGGGAUGGGGCAGCUGGCACAAGAAUUUUCUGAUCAUGAGCGCGCGGACGAAUGAGAGCCCGGAGUUCCGGGGCGCUUUGCUCGCGCACGAACUGUCGCACGCGCUCUUUGGCCUCACAGACGAGUACAACGUGCGAAUUUCAUAGUAUCUCCGUGAAAUGGGUGAGUUGUCAAGUCUACCUGCUGCCGCGGCUACCCGAGAGCAUAUUCUGCAAACGUAAGUAAAAUCUGCAUGCACGCACAAGCAUGCAUCGAUUGUAAUUUCUGACUGCGUACUCGUACUGAGUGAUUUAGAGUUUAGGCAAGUCAGAUGCUCUACUCUGCUAUAAAAUAAGUGAUUUCCAUUUCGCAUCAAACCACGCUUGAUGUAUUUCUAAAGGGUCCUCUGAAUAAGUUAGUAGCCAAACGCCCGGUGCUGUUUACGCGCACGCGGGGUCUCUUCUACGGGCUUGCAUUCGUCCGGCUUGACGCUGACCGUUUCGCAUCUGCAUACUGACGAAGGCGAGCUGCCUAAGUCGCCGAAUUGCGGGAUUCCUAAAGGCAUGUCAUGGAGCGACGGACAGACCUGGCGCCAGGGAAUCUCCUGGGCUAGCUACAGCUCCACGACUCCGGCAUGCUGUUGGAAAUGGGAAGAUCUGAUCGCGAAUGACAUGGCCACGUGUGAGCCGGGUUGCGGGAUCGACAAGCAGUAUUGUGUCGGAAUGAGCCCCGAGAAGUCCCUGAUGGCCGGGCCGCGGAAGGAUGACAGCCUGUCGCAUGUUCAGCUUCGCGUCACCUGCUGCAAGUACCUCACCAUGUUGAAACACCUACCAGGAUACUGCGAUAAAUACAAUCAGCCUUCGCUGGGGCUGGAUCUGAAUGCUUUUUGCGCCGAUGGUUCCAAAUGGCAAGCUUUGAUGUUGAACCUGGACCCGAAACAUCCCGAGUACCGGGUCGAGGCGAGUGGGGGCGGAGCACAAGGCCGUACCGGUGGGCUUGUGGUGGGGACGGGAAAUAACUACACAAGGGGAGAAGCUGCGGAAGCCUAGACAAAGUAGGCACUUCACAAAAACACGAAAGUACAAUUCAGAGUGUCAGACGAGGUUAGCAUAAAGACAAUUCAAGUGUUAGGCGUUUUGAGAAGUUUAUUCUCUUUUUUUCUUCCAGCUAAAGUUGGUGGUGGCUGGUUAUCUGGUGUGCAGAGGUGAUUCUCACCACUGCAUAUAUGUUUACCUUCUAGGAUUACACAACAUUUUUGGGAGGAUUUUUCCCGCUCACGCACGCAAUUCUUUCUUUGCUCUAUCAGGACGUAAAGCGUUUCUUCGAAUUGUAAUUCUAUGUAUAUCCCAUACUUCAAAGCAGUAGCAGACGAGCCAGAUUGGAUCUAAUAUGUUUGAUCAGCAAUAUGAUAGCCCUCUCCCUCCGACCUCGAUAGCGGCCUGCUAUUUCGUUUGUUCGUACUUCGAACAAGGUAGGAAAAGCUUCAAAGAAAUUCUGGAAAGUUUAUGGAAAGUUCAGGCUUGUGCUUUUGCUUGUAUAGUCC